GCCCGCUGCCGCGGCCCGGGGGUGCCGGAGUCUUGGGCGGUCCCGGGCGGGAGAAGGCCAGGGCUGGUUUCGGAUCCGCCGCGAGGUACCUAGGCUGCCAAGAUGCCAGGGCCAAGACCUCGGAAGGGCCCUCAGGCCAGUGGCCAGGGUGUGGCAGCUGCCAAGCAGCUGGGGCUCUUUGUGGACUUCAGCCCUGAGGACAUGCUGCUGGGGAUGGAGGAGACUGAAGAUGAUGGGGACCUGGAGGCUGAGCUGCUGGCCCUCACUGGGGAAGCAGGGACCACAGGCAGGAAGCCAGCACCCAAGGGGCAGGCCCCCCUGCCUAUGGCCCACAUCGAGAAGUUGGCAGCGGACUGUAUGCGGGAUGUGGAGGAGGAAGAGGAGGAGGAAGGGCUGGAGGAGGAUGCAGACUUGCUGACUGAGCUGCGGGAGGUCCUGGGUGCAGAUGAGGAGGCUGGGCCCCUGAAUGGCGAUGAGACAGCCAGCCCAGGUGGCUCUGAGGAGGAGAAGGGACAGGAAAACAUUGAACCCCCAGUGCAGACAGCUCUCCUAACAGCUUCUGUCCCAGCGGCUCAGGCUGGAGGGCCUCCGGGGCUGCAGGCUCUGCUGGAGGAUCGGAUCCACAACUACCGGGAGGCUGCGGCCAGUGCCAAGGAGGCAGGUGAAGCAGCCAAAGCCAGGCGCUGUGAGCGCGGCCUAAAGACUCUGGAGUCCCAGCUGGCUGCUGUGAGGAAAGGCAGGAAGAUCAAUGAGGAUGAGAUCCCACCUCCAGUGGCCUUGGGCAAGAGGCCUCUGGUCCCCCAGGAACCAACCAUCAGGAGCCCUGAGGCAGACUCCUCAGGUCCCCCCACCAUGGAGCCAGACAACCCCUCCCAGCCUGAGACAAGCCUCUUGGGCAGCCCUCACAUUUCUGCCACACUUGAAUCAGACCCAGACCCACGGGCCCUGUUGUCGGCCCGACAGAGAGAAUACAAAGUGGCUGCCCUGGAUGCCAAGCGGGCUGGAGACCUAGACCGUGCCCGGGAGCUCAUGAGGAUAGGGAAGAAAUUUGGUGCCGUCCUGGACGCCCUGGAGAAGGGACAGCCUGUGGAUCUGAGUGCCAUGCCCCCGGCACCUGAGGACCUGAAGCCCCUUCCACAGGCUUCCAAGGCCCCCACAGCACCCUCAGUCAUACCCCCAGCAGUGGAACGAGUGCAGCCAUUGAUGGCCCCUGACACCCCAGCAACCCCAGCGGCCCCUACUGAGCCACAGACGGUGAUGGACGCCCUGCAGCAGAGGCUGAACAAGUACCGUGAGGCAGGCAUCCAGGCCCGGGGCACUGGGGAUGAGCGCAAGGCCCGGAUGCAUGAGCGCAUUGCUAAGCAAUAUCAAGAUGCCAUUCGAGCACACCGAGCAGGACGGAAAGUUGACUUUGCUGAGUUGCCUGUUCCUCCAGGAUUCCCCCCAAUCCCUGGCCUGGAGCCCACGAUGGGCACUGAGGAGGAUGCAGUGGCAGCUACUUUAGCAGCUGCCCAGAAACUGGCCUUCUCGGAGGAUACAGCCCCAGCAGAAGAAGAUGAGAAUGAGAACGAGGAUGAAUCCCCAGCCCAGGCCCCAGUGGCCAAGAAGCCAGCACAGCCUCUGGUUCCUUCAUCCCGGCCCCUGCCUGAGCCCAAGGCCGCGAGUUCUAAGGAGUCACUGAGUCCCUCUGUGCGGGAGCAGCUGGCAUUGCUAGAGGCACGGAAACUGCAGUACCAGCGGGCAGCCCUGCAGGCCAAGCGUGGCCAGGACUUGGAGCAGGCCAAAGCUCAUCUGCGGGUGGCCAAAAGCCUUGAGGCUCAGAUCGUCCAGGUCCGAGCCGGCCGACCUGUGGACCUUUCCAAGGUACCUUCACCCUUGACGGAUGAGGAAGGUGACUUUAUUCUCAUUCACCACGAGGACCUCCGACUCUCCCAGAAGGCCGAGGAGGUGUAUGCUCAGCUACAAAAAAUGCUUCUGGAGCAAUAUGGGAAGUGUCUGCUGUUCUCUAAGCAGUUCAUGCACCAAGGCAAUGUGGCUGAGACUACCCGGUUUGAAAAGCUUGCUCAGGACCGCAAGAAGCAGCUUGAGAUCCUGCAGCUGGCCCAGGCCCAGGGCCUCGACCCUCCCAGCCACCACUUUGAGUUGAAGACGUUCCAGACUGUGAGGAUCUUCUCAGAACUCAACAGCACAGAAAUGCAUCUGAUCAUUGUCCGGGGAAUGAACCUCCCAGCCCCUCCAGGGGUAACCCCUGAUGACUUGGAUGCUUUUGUGCGGUUUGAGUUCCACUACCCUAACUCGGACCAGGCUCAAAAAAGCAAAACAGCUGUAGUGAAGAACACAAACUCCCCAGAAUUUGAUCAGCUCUUCAAACUAAACAUCAACCGAAACCAUCGGGGCUUCAGGAGGGUGAUCCAAAGCAAAGGAAUCAAGUUUGAAAUCUUCCACAAAGGAUCCUUCUUCAGAAGCGACAAGCUGGUUGGCACAGCUCACCUGAAGCUGGAGCGGCUGGAGAAUGAGUGUGAGAUCAGAGAGAUUGUGGAGGUUCUGGAUGGAAGGAAGCCCACUGGGGGCAAGCUGGAGGUGAAGGUGAGGCUGCGGGAGCCUCUGAAUGGCCAGGACAUGCAGAUAGUCACCGAGAACUGGCUGGUCCUGGAGCCCAGGGGCCUGUGAGGUGGGCGGCUCUUUGGGCAUUCAGAACCUCUGCCUCCUGCUCUCUGCCCAGGCCCCACAGGGACUCUUCCAGUACUCAACUCACAUCUGGGAUGAAAGCCUAAGAAUUUCUCAUCUGUGAGGAUGAUCAAGGGGCAAAACUAUUGGGUAGGGCUUGGGCUUGGGCUAAGUUUCUCAUGAUCCUCAAUAGACCUGAGGAGGGCAGUUAACCUUCCCAGGUCUUGAGGAAAUCCUUUCUAAACUGUAUUUGGAUAGUCACUGCAGUUUAGACUUAGUUCCUAUGCUUUGUGCCCUUGUGGAGCAGAUGGUCAAUAUGGGGGGACGAGUAGGCCAGCGACUGUGUGCAGGAGUGUACUUUUCCCAGCUUUGCUGGCUAUAGAAGCCUUUGUAUAUAAGGGAGAUGCUGCUACACGAGCACCAAAGACCUGUUAAGUACGUGCAUUACUGACCCCAGUCCUGGUCUUUCCUCUUGCUGGCCCCUCCAUUGAUGCAGGCUGGAUUCCAGGAGUCCCCCUCCCCCUCCCUCUGGGCAAAGGCAAGGAUAGCUUCAUUGCUCUGUGCCAUGGAGUCUUGUGGGCCUUUAACCCUGUGUAGCAACUGUGUGCAGCUUACCCAGCCCCCAGUUGCAACAUUUCUGGAUGUGCCUUUAACUAACUGUAAGGGAUGGGAGAACUCAAGGGUGAUUGAGAAGCUCCCUACUUAAGGUGGGGGCAGUGUUCCGUGACUCCAGUUGGUCAGUGGCAGCCUAUCCCACACACCUCAGUUGACCCCGGCCCUGCCUGCGCCUGUGCCUUGGUUCCUGGCUGCUGCUACACUAGCCUCGCUGCUUCCCAGAGCUCUCAGUGGAGGAGGGAGUUAUGUUCAGGACUGUGUGGUGGGAAGCAAGGGCAAGUUGUAUCUUGGAUUCAGUCCAUGCACCUAAGACUAAGAGACUGUUAACUGAAGGAAAAAAAAUUAUAUAUAUAUGUAAUAAUUUAAUUUUAUGUAGCUCUUUUUAUUUAAGAAGCUAGGUCUAAUUCUUUACAAGGGUUUUAUACUCUACAUACAGAGUAACCAUCAAGUCCUAAACAGAAGCCCUGCUCCUUGUCACUUUUUAAAGGCCAGAGUAGCAGUAACAUUUAAUUGACAGAAAUUGUUGCUUUGGCUUUGUCUUUUGAGAGGGCAGGGGAAGUACUGCCUCUUCUGGUGAUCACCUAGGGAAAUCCCUUAGUUCUUUCCCAAGAAAUUGUCCUUGGCUUUGUUAUUCUGAAUGGAUGGAGACAACGGAGGGAUGUGUAGUUACAAUAGAUUUAAUAUUCAAACACUGCAAUAUUCUACAUUUCUUAGAAAUAAACUUUAACAUCCCAUCUUUUUUUUCUCCUUUUUUGAAGGAUUAAGUUCAACAAAGCAUUCCUCAAGAUCA